AUGUCCUCAAGCAGAACAUCAAAUCAUCCCGGGCUACGGUUUGGCGUCGAGAUUGAAUUGCUAGUGAAAAGCAAACACCAAAAUCAUACUACAUUUAACAGUGUAGCUUCCGAGAUUUGCGGGCAUCUCAACAAGGCCAAGGUUUCGAGCCACAUCGGCAACCUCGUAGAAAAGACGGGCGCCGCGGAAACCUACCAAGACUGGACUAUCAUUCAAGACUGCACCCUUCCGUCAAAGCCGACCGAGAACACUUUUGGUGUUGAACUCGUGUCCCCAAUCUUCUAUUUCCAGCAGAAACACAUAUGGAUCAACGAAGUCAAGAAGAUAUGGAAGGUGCUUGAAAGCGAGUUCGAGGUGCACCCCACCGACGAGUGCAGCACUCACAUUCAUCUAUCCCCAUCAAACGGUCCUUGGAGCUUGAAUGAAGCCAAAGGGGUUGCGAAAGCGGCCAUUUUCUUCGAAAGAUGCAUCGAUGCGCUGAUGCCGGGCCACCGGCGUAUCAACCCCUAUUGCAUGAGCAACCGCUGGAACCCAGAGUACAGCCAACUUCCCACGCCCCUAAUUUUCAACGACAUAUUACAAGCGGAAAGCAACCUCGAUUUGGGGGACCGCAUGUGCAUGUGUUCCAAGGACUCGAUACAUGCCCAAAACACACUGCACGAGGAAGACUUUGUGCACCCGCAUUUCCGGUGGAACUUUACCAGCCUUACGGAGCGGACGAGAACCAUCGAGUUUCGACAACCUCCAGCCUCCAAGGACGCCCGCGGAACCAUGACGUGGAUUCUCUUUGCUGCAUCCUUCGCCCAGUGGGCCUCGGAGCGUGCGAACACGGCCCUAGAUCCCACAAGGACAGCUGGAGUUGGGGAUCUGUACAAAUAUGUGAUGGCCGGAUCACAGAUGAAUGGCGUGUCGGACGAUACGCUUUCGGGUCUGUUAGAAGACCUGUUCCGAGGCGCAAAACCGCUGCCGGUGCCUCGACAUGACUUGAAGACAACCACCGAGCAGGAACUCGAGUUGGAGGCUCAACGCAAAAGAAUGCCGUUGCAGCGAUAUAAAGAAGUCUUUGCGCAGUUAUAAAUACUGUCUUUAACAUUCUACCUCUACCAAAACCUCCGUAUCCCUGCCGCCGUUUCGGAGCUGCAUCACACAUAAUUAGAGUUUAAUAUCAAGUCCCUCGUGCUGUCUCGUGCUGCCAACCUAGUUACUGCUUCCCUUCUUGCCCUCCCAGACAAACUCGACGAUGGACAUAGCGGACCCUUGGGGCUCGACCACGCGCUUAAGCACGGAUGCAGGGUCAGCUUCUCUGAACAACGCCUCCCAGUCCGCCAGCGUCUACUGGCAGGCAUUGAAGGUAAAGGCCAUCCCCAGAUCCAUUGAUCCGUGACAAGGGCAGUUUAACUUAGCUUGAAACCGUUAUCUGUACAUCGGUAACGUA